UUAAAAAUGGAAGCGAGUAAUCAAGAUGAAAUUAUUGGAACUGACGUUAUUCCAAAUGAACAGGACAAUCCAGAAGAAGUAGUACCUGAACCAACAUCCCUUGAUGUUCCACCACCUCCACCAGAACGUGCUCCGUCUGCUCCAAAACGAGUGGAAAUUCUCGAUUGUAACUCAUUAAAUGGUCUAAUGUAUCAUUAUUUUGCCCAAGGCGACUAUAUUGAGUGCAAAUCAAUAAUUGGAGAAAUUCAAAGCAAAUAUCUUGAAAGAAAUGAAGCUGCUUUUCAUGUUCGUGGACUAAUUGCAAGAAAUGAAGGAGAACUUGAAGAAGCGAUGGAAUGCUUUCAUAAAGCUUAUGAGCUUUCUGGCAAAAAUAAAAGAUAUUUUUAUGAAACUGGAAGAUGUAAUUUCCUACUUGGUCGCCAUCAAAUUGCUGUUGAACAAUUAACAAAAGCAAGUGAAGUAAUGAAAGACAAUCCAAAAGUUUGGUAUUGGCUCGCUCGAGCAAUUUAUCAUUUUCCUGCUGAAAAGGUGCAAGGGAAAACGUUCAAUCCUGUAGAAUCUGCAAGGACAAUUCUAAUGAAACCUGAUAUAGCCAAGGAUGCCACGUUAAUUUGCUUUCUGGGUCGACUUUGUGAAGAACUUGGGGACACUUCGGGUGCAAUUGCUGCCUAUAAAUCAUCAUUAAAAUUACAACCAGAUAAUACAGAAGUCAUGAAUCUACUUGGGUUGAUUUAUCUCAGAACUGGACAAGUACAAGAAGGAUUUGUUCAACUUGGAAAUUGUUUGGCUUAUGAUCCAGCCAAUAGUCAGGCUAUUCUAACAAUUGGAUCCAUAAUGCAAAAUCACUCUGAUCAUGACGUUGCUUUGAAUAAAUAUCGUGUUGCGGCAGAUGUGAGUGACUAUAACGGUUGCCUCUGGAACAACAUUGGUAUCGGUCUUCUGGCCAGAAAUAAACCAGCUGCUUCUCAUUCUGCUUUGAAAAAAGCCGCUUUUAUCAAUCCCUUAAACUAUAAGAUCAGUUAUAAUUUGGGAGUUCUUCAUGAUAUCAUGAAUCUACAUUGCUCGGCACUUCAUUAUAUAAAAUUGUGCACAGAGCUCUAUCCACAAAACGCGAAAGCUGUCGGUGCGAUGGCAGUGAUUCUAUCACAUAUGAAUGAUGAUAAGAAUGCACGAUUGGCAUACAAAAAAUCAAUUGAACUAAAGAAAAAUCCAUCAACGAUCUUAAACUACGCGAUCUUCGAAUAUCGUAUGAAAGACGUCACUGCAGCAUCAAAUGCAUUGAAACUAUAUAAAGAUCUUCAAGCAUCUGGGGUCAAGUGUAGCGCGAACAAUAAGGAAACUGCAAAUCUUUUGGAAAGUGUGUUGAAGCAGCCUGAUCAAUCUGCGGAACAAUAACAAACCGUCCCCCACCAUGCAAACCUGGACAUUUUUUUAAUGAAUAACCUUUGCAGAAACAUCUCGAUAAUAGAUAAAAUAAAAUUAAAAACGUAUUGGAUUUAUGUUAUUUACAUUUAAAUUAACAUAAAAAGUGAUUGGCGUACAUUGAUUUAACCUAUCUAUGUAUAAAUAUUUU